AUGGAUCCCUUGGGCCUAGAGUCCCACCCUACCGGCCUUGAGUCUGAUCCCGCAGACCUAGAUUUUGACUCUCCUGGCCAAGAUUAUUUCUCCACUAGCCACGAGUUCGACUCUCUCUACCAAGAAUUGGACUUGGACUCUCUUAACGAAGAUCUUUCUCAACCCAUGACAGGCGCCAUGACAGAGACCUCUGAGGGCACAGAUGAACUCCAUCUGACUACUGAACCAGAGGAUCUCACAGAGACUGAGCAAAAGGAGCUCAAAUUCGAGCUUACUAAGUUGGAAGCUGAAAUUGUAACCCUACGCCAUGCGCUGGUGGCCAAAGAAAGACGCUGCGUGGAGCUCAAGUGGAAGCUGGGCCUCACGGCCUUGGUGGAGCCGAAGCAGAAUCUGCCCAAGAGCCGGCAUGAUGUUCAAGUCUCCAAAGCCUACGUGAAACAAAAGACGGCAGCUGCACUGUCCACCAUGGGCUCUGCCAUCUGCAGAAAGCUUGGAGACAUGAAGAAGUCAGCCACAUUCAGAUCCUUUGAAGGUCUGGUGGGGACAAUCAAAUCCAGAGUUGCAGGUAGCAGAGAGCUUGGCAAUGACUUACUUCCUUCUUCAGUGGAGUGUGGAGAUAAUCCACCCCUGGUUUUGGGGAGUAGAGAUGUUCCACCAUCAAUUUCAAGGAGUGAGAAUGAUCCAGUUCUGGGGAGUGGACAUGAUCUAGUUACAGGAACUGGGGAUGACCUGCUUCCCUUUCUGGAGCAGGAAUGA